CGCAACACACACCAGAGGCAAGCCACAAUACAAGAACAGCACGAUGGUGCGCCUCAGGACAGAUUUUCGUAACUUUAGUGCGUUUAAAUAUAGAAACAUACUUAUGGACAUGUGAGACAAGUCAUUUAAAUAUGUGUUAGUUUUUGCGCUUAACUACACAAACGGCGCAAACUAUUUUCAGGACCCCUAAAAUAACACUGCAAAGAAAAUGGGCACCGAACGAGUUUAUGGUGAUCUUCACAGAAAGUGAUUUACGCAAAGGACUUCGCGAGAUUAAAGACGCGCCACGGUCACCUUCGCUGUUGAGGAGACUUGCGUGCGCGCGUGGAAGAGGCUCCUAAUGACAGCAUCGGCUCGGUAACACUUCAACUGUCCUGACCAGCAUUAACGACCGAACUGGAUCACACAGAUCAAUGAAGAAUGCGCGAGUGCACGCACAGUCGAUGAAGCCGGCGGCGGUAUCAUGCGUGUUUUGCCUGAGCCAAGCGCGCAAUCAUUGCGGCUGGUGUUUCUGUUAAUCUUCAUCAUGGAUGUAGCACCGUCCCCGGCUCUCACCGCCGGCUGCCCGGACCGCUGCGUGUGCGACGACCAAUUGGUGGUCCAGUGCGCCGGGCAACAGUUAACCGACUUCCCCGUGGACCUCCCGCUGGCCACCCGGCAGCUCAUCAUCUCCAACAACCGGAUCGGUGACCUGCCGGCGCUCCAGCUCAACUACCUGUCGGAUCUGGUGUACCUGGACUGCAGCAACAACUCGUUGACGGAGAUCUCCGAGUCCACCUUUGGCAACCUGCGCAAGCUCGCUUACCUGGAUCUGUCUUUCAACACGCUGGCGCAGAUCGAGGACCGGACGUUUGGCCCUCUGGCCAGUCUGGUCAUGCUCAGGAUGACGGAUAACCCGGGGCUGUCGGAGAUCCACUCGGACGCGUUCGCAGAGAACGCGGCGCUGCAGGUGUUGGACGUGAGCCGCAACAACCUGACAGCGCUUAACAUCAGCUCGCUGAUCAGCCUGCCGGCAUUGCGCUCUUUGGGGCUCAGCGGAAACCCCUGGAGAUGCGACUGCGACACCGAGGAUCUCUGUCUGUGGAUCCAGAUAGAAGGGUUCAAGUUCCAAGAUGAGGGGCAGACAGUGUGCCAGGGGCCUCCAGACAUGUUGGGUCAGCGUCUGGCAGAGGUGGGCAUGCAGCUGCGAUCGGAGUGCCACCAAGGUCUGGGUUACUGGGACUACCUGUUCUUCAUCGCCAUCGGCUUCGUCAUCUUCAGCGCGGGGACAGUGUCGGCAUGGGUGAUGGGCAUACUUAUGGUUCUCUACGAACGAUACAGCAAGAGGAAGAGUGAAGAGCUAGACAGCGAGGAUGAGGAGGAGAUAGCCACCCGAGGAGGAGGAGGGGGUAACCAUGGUAAUGGGGACCUGAAUAAACCAGGCAUGCAGGUGUGACCACAAGACAGAGGGAUGCUGGGAAAACCUUGAUAGCACAUGCCUGGAACAGAAAGCGAACGGAAAGAGUCCCAAACAAUUCUGGCAAUCGGAGUUUUCAUUUUCCAUAGAGGUUUUAAGUGCACUUUUUUAGAAUGUUUUAACAUAUUAGUUGUAGAUUAAUUGGAGGAACCAAAUGAGAAAAGAGGACAAGAAUGGUAGAUUAGAUUAGUUUAUAUUCUUAUAGGUGAACUCAGACUGGUUGAGUAGGUUACAGUGCGUCUAGAAUGCAUGCACACACAGCUCUCCCCGGUGUCAGUAAUGUAAUUGGGGCAGAGUGAUAGUACUGUGGUUUUACACCUAAGAUAGACAGUGGUUCCGUUCACACAGAUUUCAAGUGACAAGAGUGACAUCCGCAUUCUACAACCUGAAUUUACACACACCGAUCUUACUUGGGAUCACACACUACCCGCGUUCUAGGAGCCGCAUGACAGAUGUAAACAAACAUGUAUGAGACGUUGCUGUUAUUGUUGCUUCUACUCUGUGUUCCGAGUAGCGAAAGACAUGGACCAGUCCUUUAGAGACUGCAAAGUCCGUUGAAAGUGAGUGGCGUUAAAAGUUAAGCUCUCCUUUGAGGGCUUGAUUAACAUCUCCAAUUCUUGAGCUUUGUGGCACCCACAUGCUCGAUUUCCUGUGGCUGCUCACUAUAUGACUUCAGAUUUAUGUCCUGGAGCAUUGCACACUAAGAAAUUUCUUCUACUGUUGACUCUACAAUAUCAAACAUAUUUGAUAUCCUCCAACUAGAUGGUAUCCUAGUCUGAGGGUAGGAAAUCAGAGUCGGUAUCCAUCAUACACUAUGAACUUUUCUGUGAAAUCUGUCAACUCUGACUGGCACAAAAUCUGCAGACUAAUGCCAACUAGUGUUGACAAGCAUCGACUCGGCCCGACUGGAAAUCGGGGCUAAAAUCGGUGUUAAAGUCAUGUAGUGUAAUCCAGCCUUUAGUGUAUACUGUGUGAGUGGAGCCGCACUGGACACCAAGUUGUCUGUAAAUCAUACAGCGCUCAAAGCCAUUGUUGGUUGGACGAAUGUGCCUUGAUUUUACUCGUUUAAUAAAUAACGUGUCAAUUGAGACUUUACAGUGUUAUGGAAGUCGCCAUCUUUGAUAUUUACCAUUGAUAUAGGCAUUAUUCAAGGCUUUUGCAUCUUUGGUUGUUUGUUCAUACAAACAGUAUUCGUCUGCUGUUGUAUGAACAGAACAAUUCGAGAGUCACACUUGUCAUUAAAUACGGAUGUCAAUUCCCAACACUGUCUGUGUGAACGAAGCCACGUAGAGGCAAGGAGACUGAAAGAGAGAAGAAAAAGGAAAAAGAUAGAUAGGUAUAGUUUCGAAAGAAGUGACCAGAAUGAUUUGAAGACUAAUCCAGUAAAUCCAGACUCAGUUUUUAUUCACUAGCUUGGAAUAUAUAUGGAUGGGACAGUCUCUCCAGAAUCAUGCAGUGUGAAUUGAGAAAAAAAAAGGAAUAUCGAAGACUCUUCUAAAUUGUCUCCAUGGAAGAGUGAAAAUGCUCGUUUAGGGGUCAUAGACCCACUGACUGCUCAACUGAUGGACUAAUAAAAUUAUAUUAUAUUGGAUGAGAUAUUAGUGAUCUCAGAAUGCCUGUAUGCACUGCACCAAGAAGCCUUACCCACAAGAUGUAACCAGUCCAGCAAUAACACCUCCAGGUGAUACUGAGAGCAAUAGAGGGAAAUGUGUGUGUGUGUGUGUGUGUGUGUGUGUGUGCAAAACUUCUAUAUGAGGGGAAGAUUAAAGUAUGUCAGCAUUCCGUAAUUUUUUGCAAGGCUUUGAUCAAAUGCAAUUCCUCCUGUAACUACCACAUGCCUCUCAAGGGCAGAGCUAAAGUCACACCUCUUGCCUCACACUGUACCGUCAACACUCUGGGGGAAAUUCACUACAAAGCAAUUUUGCCUGCUGAUAGCAUUGUUUAUUUGCACAUGCUGUCUGUGUUGUUUUAGCACCCAAUUCACUAAAGGAAUUAUGCAAAUAUCUUAACAGUCCAAACAUGGCCAGAAAAUGAGUACAGAACACAAUUUUAACUACAUAGUUCCCCAUUUUGUAGGCCGGUUCGGAGUGCUAGUAUGCGGAGGAUGCAGCAGACUACCAUGAUCUGGCAUACUUCAAUAGGACGAAAGUGUGCUUAUUAUUAUAAUGCUCUUUUCCAUCAUUUGAUGAAUUACUGCUGCCACAAUCACAGGAUGUACACAAACAUCUCUUUUAAACAAAAUUCUGAGGGUGGUAAUAACGCAACAUUAAUUGUUGCAGGCAAAUUAGUGCAUUCUAUAAUAAGCCUAAAAAGGAACAUAAAAAGGAGGCUUGUUUGCAUAGAAAAGAAUGGCAGUGAGUAUGUUUACAUGCACACUAAUACGCUGAUAACUACCAAAAAUCAGCGUAUUCAAAAAAUAUGACAAUGCAAGAAAAACGUAUUAAGCAUAAUCGGUGUAAGAAUGUGCAUGUAAACGUGCUCAAUGACUCAAUGACUUUAAACAUGCAUGGCAUAGAGUUAUACCAGUGCCUGGUUACAUGGGAUUGUGGGUGCUUAGUGAACAAGAUACAUGUUUUUGCACUGAAAUACCAUGUGCAAAAGUAGCGCAACUGUGUAGUGAAUUCACCCUUCACUUUUACCAUAUUUCAUCCCUUCAUUCAGCCUCAGAAAGAGAAGUGUAGAGCAAUUACAGCUCUUCUCUGGCCUUAAGCAGAGAGGCAGAGUUGCUGUUUGGUUGUUAUGUGACUGAGAGUUGCUAAAUCCAUUUACAAUGGGUUAAAGAGCUUAAGGGGAUGAUGCUUUUGGACUGGGCUGCUCAAAAAUAUCUCAGCUGCUUUACAGUAUAUUUAGUAUUCUAUAGCUAAUAUUCUUUUUAUUUCCUGUCCUCUUCUCCUUAUUUCCAUAACUGAAAUGGUUGUUCACCCUUUAAAAUGGUGAGCUAAUGAGAAUUCACCUAUGAGAAUGAGUAAAUGAUGAUUAUGUUUUGGUGAACUAUCCCUUUAAACGUAAAAGCUGCCAUCACACCUGCUCCCACGUGUUAACUAAAGGUGCGUUCAUACACACAGUGCAUAAAAUACUGUUGGUUGCUGGCAGCCAUUCCUGCUCAACUUCAGUAUCCAACUGUAUUAGGCAGUAGAUCAUGUGAGCUCCAUUUUUUACACUCCAAUUGGUAGUCGCCAUAUCACGUGCAUAAAGUUAAACUCAACUGCUCAUUUUGUUGCAUCACCAGCGGUUUCUGUCGCUCGUCAUCUCAAAUCACCAGCUUACAUUGAAAGUUAAUGACUUCCAUUUGUUUCGUAGCUGCAAUUUGUGUGUGUGAACGCUACCAAAAAUCUGUUGAAAAUAUCAGCUUAAACUUGCAGUUUCCAUGCUGGUUCAAGCUGGUUUAUGCUAUAAGUACUGGUUUGGUGCUGGUCUAUCUGGUACCGCAUAGCCAUGCUUUAUCAGUCCUUUAUCAGUCAAUGCUUUAAACAGGUACGUGUCCCAUCUCAGCACCUUUUUGGCACCUCAUUCUCUCUCUCUUUCUGUUCACUCUUUGAUGCUUUCUGCCUCACCUGCUGUGUGUGGUAGACAGUGAGAUGUUUCAGAUUACAGGUCAUAGUGGGGUGUCGCCAUGUCAACAGUGUUUAGUAUCCCAAAGUGAUAACCCCUCCUGAGACAGGCAGCGUAAUAAUACAAUGUGUUACAGAGAAAAGGAUUAUGAGAAUGUGUGUGUACAGUUGUGCCAGGAAAUAUCUGGAGUAACUUCCUCAAAACGAAAAAACAUAGCUAAAAAUGGUUUGGCAGAAACUUACAGUGGAGGUCAAAUGGAUCAUGCUGAUAUCAGCUUCCUGGCAAUAUAAGGAUGGACAGUCGAGGUGGUAAAUUUCAUAGCACCACUCUGCAGUGUUUGUGCACACUUGCUCUAAAUUCUAAAAGUGAGCAUACAAGGCCAUGUUAUCCCCCUUUAGAAAAAGAGAGAAAUUGGGGAGGGGAUGUUUUGGUAUUUUAUACCUCUAUGAAUAUUAAUGUGUAAUAUAACAAGAGAUAAAGAGGAUGAGCCCUAGUGCCAUCCGAUAGUCUGGUGAAGCGCAAGAGCAGAACUUUAUCUGAGUUUCCAGACACUAACAGUGAUACAACACUGCAGUCUACCCUGCUACAAAACCGCAAGCACCAUCAGUAAUGCAGCAGGGGUGGCCUGGGACAGAAAGAUCUGUAGAGACACUCAAACUCACACAUACUCAAGAGAAAGCUAAUGAACUAUAGUAGCAGCACUUCCAGUCUCUGCCUAGUGAGGUUUCAACUCCUGCUAUAUCUAUGAGAAUGCACAAACACAACCUCUUGCAGGAGAGGUUAGAGAAAGAAAUAAAAAUUUGCAAAAGUGUAUGUUUGAGAUAUUUUCAAGAUACAAGUCCAUUAGUAGACUAUUGGCAUUGGUCAUUGGUAGCAUUAGCUAUUGUGCUAAUCUGAGGCUGAAGCUAAUUCAACUUCCAACUUGGAACAUCAAAGUAUGAAGACUAAACCAUGCAUGACUAAAUUAAACUAAAUUAGCUCACUUAUUUGCAGUCCACACCAGAAUACAAAUGUUUAACAGAUUUAACCAGAACCCCCACAUUGGUCCAUCAGGCCCUUGGAAUAUAUUUCCUUUAGCAUUAGCUUCUACUGUUCAUACUAAUCUGAGGCUGAAGCCAAUGUUGCAUUCCACUCAACUCAGAAAGUCAGAAUUCUUCCUACUUAGAAAUGUGCACUAGAACGCCGCUUUCCCACGGUCAUUGAACACCUGGAAAUAUCAGGGCAUUUUACAAUUUCACAACAAUGUCAUAGAAAUUAAUAAAACCUUAAAACAUCUUAGAAAAGUCAAGAAAAUUUCUAUAGUGACAAAUAUUUUUAUUGUUCUCCUUGUGAGUGCAAUCUCUAUAAAAUAAUAAUUAAAAAAUUCUAGUAAUCACAAGCAACUACAAAGGUCAUGGAAAUUCAUUGAUCAAAAAGUGUGGGAACCCUGAUGAUCUUCUGAUCAUCGGACAACAGAACACUAUAGUUGGAAGUCUGAGAUUUCAAGUAGGAAUAUCCCACAUCCGACUUUGAAUGGAAUUAAGCAGAAGGCUGUGUCUCAAAACCUAGUGAGCUACCUACCUACACAGCAUUUUUGGAAGUUAUAAAUGCACUCUUGGUAGGCAGCUCACUAGCUUUUGAGAUGCAGCCACAGUUUUUCUUUUGCAUUCUUGAUGUACCAAAAAACUCUAAUGAAAGUGUGAGUGAUGACUUGAUUAAAGCUUAAAUGAGAUGUGUGUGUGCAGAGAGUAACUGAUUUUAAGAAGUGUUUGGUUCAGUAUUUAAUUCAGAGUCUGGAAAAUAGUACCCCUGAUAACACACAUACAUCACCCAGACAUCUAUUUGAUGUGUUUUUACAUCUGGAAGAUGUAUUUAUAAUGUUGUUUGAUCAUCUGCAAUACGUCUAUAAGAUGUAUGUCAAUAAGUAUGUCUCGGAUGUCAAUAAGACAUUCAGCAAACUUCUUUGAGACAUUUAUGAUUUAGAAUGUUUGUACAUCUGAUCUUUUUAAGAUGUUUAGCAGAUGUUAAUUAGAUUGUGAUUAUUUCCAGAUGAAACGAUCUAAAACAAACAUCUUAGAGAUGUACGUGUGCUAUCUGGGGCUGAUUUCAGUUCCUACAUUUUUAACUGUUGGUUGGUUGGGAUCAACCACAGAAUGUGUGUUGCUGUGCCCUCUGCGGUAGAAAGCUGAAGUUGAGCUCUGUGAGACUUUAGAUUUGCUGGAUCAAUUGCUCUCUGCAGCAGUGUGUCCGUCACGCUCUAUCCAUCAUGCAUAAAGCUCUGGUACAUUUAAACACAUUGCUGAUAAUUUCCCCAACUGACUGCAACCACCACUUCUCAUCUCGCCUCAGUUUCAUCUCAUCUCUUCUCUUCUACUCUUCUCAUUCUUGUCUCGUUCUCGCUUUUCUCAUCUUUCAUUCUCAUCUCUUCUUUUCUUGUCUCUUUUUAUCUUGUUCUGGUCUCAUCUCUUCACAUCUCAUAUUCAUUUUCGCCUCUUCUUGUCGUCUCUCAUUCUCAUCUUGCCUCAUUCUCACUCUUGUCUCUCUCAUUCUCAUCUCAUUUUCAUCUCUUUUUGUCUCUUUUUCUUUUAACUCAUUCUCGUCUCGCCUCAUUUGGUUCACGUUUCCUCUCAUUCUCCUCUCAUUCUUUUCUCUUCUCCUCAGUCAUUCACGUCUUAUUCUUGCCUAUUUUUGUCUUGCCUUACUCUCGCUCUUGUCUCAUCUCCUCUCAUUUUCAUCUCCCCUCUUCUUGUCUCUUUUUGUUUCAUUUUCUCUCAUUCUCAUCUCGCCUCAUUGUUGUCUCUCCUCAUUCUCCGCUCAUUCUCUCCUCUUUUCAUUCUUUUCUCUUUUCAUCUAAUUCUCGUCUCUUCUUUUCUCGUCUCGUUCUCGCUCUUGUCUCUCUCAUUCUCAUCUCAUUUCAUCUCUUUUUGUUUUAUCUCAUUCUCGUCUCGCCUCAUUCUUGUCUCCUCUUAUUCUCUCAUUCUCUUCUCUUUUCAUUUGUUUCUCGUAUCCUCUCAUUCUCCUCUCAUUCUUUUCUCUUCAGUCAUUCUCGUUUCAUUCUUGUCUCUUUUUGUCUCGCUUCAUUCUCACUCUUGUCUCAUCUCCUCUCAUUUUCAUCUCCCCUCUUCUUGUCUCUUCUCAUCAUCCUCUUGUCUCAUCACAUUUCUUUUCGUCUCGUUUUCUUUCAUUCACGUCUCGCCUCAUUGUCGUCUCCUCUUAUUCUCAGCUUAUUCUCUCUUCUUUUCAUCUUUUGUCAUGCUAUAUCUUGUUCUCUCAUUUUUAUCUUUUCUCUUCUUGUCUAUGAAUCAUCUUCUUGUCCUUGUCCUCAUAUCUACUUGUCUUAUCUUGUUUUCUCUCAUUCUUAUCUUGCCUCAUUAUCGUCUCUUCUCGUCUCCUAUAUUCUCAUCUCUUCUCAUUUUGUUCUUUCAUCUUGCCACAUUAUCAUCUCUUCUCGUUCCGUCUCAUUGUCAUCUCUUCUAGUCUUGUUCAAGAGCAUUUCAUCUCUACUUGGUGACAUUCAAAUCUGAUCUGAUUGUUCUUUAAAUGCAAGUGUGCAUGUGUGUGUGCAUUGACAAUUGCACAUUCUAUAGGGAUUUCAUAUGAAUCUCUCAGACAGCUGCCUGCUUGUUGUGUAAGGGUUGAUACACAGAAUCACACAGGGGCCCAAGGGGGCCCCUGACCUAUUUACAGCCCUUACCCCACUGGUCACAUACAGCCAAACACACACACACUGUCUCUGUCACAUUCCUAUACACAGAACACACACAAAUUCAACCUUUCUGGGGAUUUGAUACUAAAAUGACUAAACUGAAAUACCUGUCAUUGUCUUUAGCAGACCGAUAUGGGUUUUUCAUUGACUGAUACAGAUACGAUAUCUAGUAAGCAUAGUGGCUCAUGUGAGAAUAUGUGAGACUGCAUAUUUGGUAUAAAGUCAAGUCAGAUUGUGUGUUUGUGAUAAAUAAAGAAAUGUGUGUGUGUGUGUGUGUGUGUGUGUGUGUGUGUGUGUGCAUCUGAACCAUUUUAUAAUACUGCCCUAACAUGAUGUGUAUUGGCAUAUUUGGAUUGGUUCUUACAGCACUCUGGCACUUUUUUACAUGGGGACAUUCUAGAAGCACAAGAAUAUGCUUAAAUAUUCAAGGUUCAAGGUCAAUGAGGCUCAGUUUGCUUAUGCAGUGCAGCAUACUUCAAAACACAUAUACAUACAGUGACAAUGAAAUCUCCACAUCACUGCAGCCACUUCAGAUGGUCAACACAGGUCAAUCUUACUGUAAAAAUUAAAAGAUUUUUGAGGCACCAUUUGGGGUUCCUCAAACUGGUGGAACCCUCAAGAGAACCUCUAAGCACCCUUUCUUAAGAACUCUUAAAGGUGCACUCAGUAACUUUUGUCUUUGUGUCAUCUUGGACUUACACUGACACCUAGCGGCUUUGAUACAGCAUCACUUAAAAUCAACAGUUUUCAGUUUCAGAUGCCACUGUAGAAAUGUAGUAUUCACAGUCAGCCAUGAUUACUUUUAUCUAUGAGUGAAAGUGUCAAAUAACAGGACAGUUACUGAGAAUAUGCGUGUAGUAUUCGGCUGGUCAUGUGAUUCUAACAUGGCAGCCCCCAUGUGCGGACCCUCUCCAUAUAGAUUAAAAUGGCUUUUAUAAGAUUACUGAUAUGACUGGAGUCUUUUUAAUGUGAGUGGUCAUAAUUUCCUACAUAUAUUGCAAAAUUACAUGUCUUUAGGAGUUAACUUUAUUAAUGAGAAAAAUGCUGAGUGCACCUUUAAGACUGUAAAUGGUUCCUUCAGUAACCCUGUCAUAAGGGAAAGGUUUUGAGACACUUAAAAUAUGUAUUGAAGCUCCUAGAUACAUAAAUAAGAUAUUCGAGACUCAAGGGUGUCUGGAGGUUCUCCAGAGGGUUACAGUGUGUAAUACUCACAGUGUGGUUCUUCAGUGCACCUUGAUGUCCAUCCUUGCUGCAAAUCGGUUGCUGAAUCAAAGGUCCCAUUUUAAAUCAGCACAAACACAAGUUUUCUGGCUUUUGGGCUGUAACUGGCUUGUCAUAUUUGGAUUCCUCUCUGUUCACUGGGCUGGUGUAGUGGGAAAGUGCAAAUGCUUCACCCAUUUUGGUGUUUAGGAAACCAAGUCAAGAAAUUCUUCACUGUACGAACAUCUAGGGCUCUUUCAGCUCUUCAAGAAGCUCUGUCUAUUAAUAAAACUUUAGUAACUUAUAUUAAGUAACAUUAUAUGUUUUACAAAAAAAAACACACAAAAAAAAACAAAAAAAAAAACAA